GGUUUACCUGUAUCAAGUAGAGUUUUAAUCCAAUUUCGUAAACAGUUUUCUUUUCAUAUCAAUUUAUAUACCCAUAUAGCCGACAAUUCUCAAAGAAGAUCAGCUCAGUUCACAGAGGUCUUUCAUCGCGAUCAUGUGGCUAUCUCCCCUCUCCCCGCGGUGGGGCAUGUGCCAGAGAUUUCUGACAGUCGGUGUAUCUUCUAAAUUGUAUAUGUAAUUGGUAAAUGUUAUGGUUAUAACAUAAAAUGAAUUUGAACCUUCGCUGCAGUGACAAUUAAAGUUCUACCAUUCCAUCUUGAGGAAAAUAUUCAUAAUUCAAGGAAAAUGGAUACAAUUAAGAAAUUAAUAAGUGGAAGUGACAUCGAAUUCAUUGAUAGUUUGUUGGAUUUUACCGAAAAAUACGAGACACAUUUGACGUUCGAUGAAUUGAAUCGUGAUAAUUUAAGAAACGACGUAUGGGAUUCGAUCUUCAAACGUUUACAGCAAGCCAAAUAUUUUACAAUUCACGAACGCUGUUUACAUGUUCUCAGAAUUUUAAGUCGCGACAAAACUGGAUUGGAUGAUUUAAUAAACGAUGAAAGAUUGAACUUGAUUAUCAAAAAUGCAAGUCUGGAUAAAAAGGAAAGCGUUAAAAGCUCUGCUACUUUUACCAAUGUUACGCAAGAAUCUUUAAAAUUGUUAUGCAAUUUGUUGUUCAACUCUUCUACGGUGCAGCAAAAAAUAGGAGAAACUUCAUGUUUGCCCUGCAUAGUUGAAAGGAUGAAAAACUAUGAUGAAACAGUUCCGCACAAUAUCAAAUUAUUUGAUACUCGAAUUUUGUUCUUGUCUACUGCCCUCAAUUCUUCAUUGAGAAAAGUCGUAAAAAAUGAGCUCAAUGGUGACUUGUGUCUGAUGGAGAUGUUGAAAAAAUUGGCAAAUGAUUUUGAGUCUACGCAAUGUCCUAUAAAGAAUGAUGAGGUUGUCGUGGCCAGUGAAAUCCUUAAAGUGCUGUUCAAUUUGUACAUUAAUGUUGAAGAAAGCAGAAAUGAAGAAAUGGAAAGAUACCAAAAUUUGGCAGAAAUUUGUUACAAAUUACUAGUGAACAAAGGCGCUCAUAAGAUCGCGAACGAAAUUGAAUUGCACAGUAACAUUAUCAACAUACUGACGGUAAUUCCGUACAAUUGUUACAAUCCAUUAAUACAACCGAUUGGUGAUGCUGAUGGUGGGAUUAUUUACGAAAAAAUGAAUAUGACCGCUAUAGAUCGAUUGCUGAAGUUUUUGGAUGAGAAAUUAAACGGGAGCUCUGAUUUAGUCCCAAAUUUAUCACCGGUAACCACAGCUUUAAUAAGACUCGUAAAAUCCAACCGCUUGAUACGGAAAUACGUUCGAUCACAGAUUUUACCUCCACUGAAAGAUGUCAUGAAACGACCGGAGGAAGGAUCGACUCUGAGAGCCAAAUUGUGCAAGCUUUUAACUUGCCCCAUCACCGAGUUGUCCGAUUUAGUUGCCGAACUUAUUUUUGUCCUCUGCAAGGAGAACGUGAGCCGCAUGGUCAAAUAUACUGGAUACGGAAACGCUGCUGGAAUGUUCGCGAACAAAGGACUGCUGGGUCGUGGCCAAUCGGCGAAUUCGUCAGCUUACUCAUCCGAAUCCGAGGACAGCGAUACCGAGGAAUACACGAAAUAUAAAGAGAACAUAAAUCCCGUUACCGGUUGUUACGAACAUCCAAAACCGAAUCCUCUCGAGGGUAUGAGCGACGAGCAGAAAGAAUACGAAGCAAUGAAGCUUGUGGGCCUUGUUGAUCAAUUAACGAAACAGGGUGUUGUACAGCCGUGUCGUAUCGGCGAGGACGGAAAACCAAAGCCGAUCGAACAUAUUCUCGAGCUCCAGGAGGAAUUACCAAAACUGAAUAUGAAUAAUCAGACCAACGAUUGAAUCUAUUCAUUUUAUGUGUCGUUAAUCUACAAUUUUUUUUUAUUCAGCAUGUAUUUAAUGAAAACAUAUUAUUUAAAUAAUAAAGUAAAAAACGUUACUG